CAAAUUAAGCAAACGUCCGUCUCCAUCAUACUAGCCGAGUGGAGUCGAUCUGUCCGGCAGCUCGUAUUCGGCAUUCCUCUGUUGAUCUAGAUUCUAGAUUCUAAGAUCUAGUUAGCGCCGAGUUAGUCAGAUAGUUUGCCAGGUAGGUUUUGUUUGUGUGGAAUGCAAACCAACGUCACAACACUUUCAGCAUCACGAUCCAUCAAUUACACACACACGUUUGCUUGCUCAAGAAACGAAGAAAUGGCAGACGGUGGCGGCUGGAGUACGAUUGAAUCCGACGAGGGCGUUUUCACCUCUUUAGUCGAGACCCUCGGCGUGCAAGACAUUCAAUUCGAGGAGCUGAUUUCCCUCGAUGCAGACACGAUCCGAUCCCUGGGAACAGUCUACGGCGUCAUCUUCCUCUUCAAAUGGAUCCGCGACCCGGCACAAGACCACCCCCAGCAACAUGACCAGCAACAACAACAACAACAACAACAACAAGAAACACCCAAAGACGGAACCUACGACCCCUCCACCCCGCUCUUCUUCGCCGCCCAAACAAUCCAAAACGCCUGCGCCACGCAGGCCAUCCUCUCCGUGAUCUUGAACCAAGACACCACCACCACCAACCACCAGCAGCACCCGCCGAUCCGCAUCGGCGCGGACCUCCGCGCAUUCAAAGACUUCACCGCAGGGUUCCCGCCCGAGCUGCGCGGCGAAGCGCUCUCAAACUCCGAGGCGAUCCGCACGGCGCACAACGCGUUCUCCAGGGCGAGUCCGUUUGUCGACGAGACGGCACCGCGCGCGGCUGCGGCCACCGACGCCGACGAGGACGUGUACCAUUUCAUCGCGUACACGGCUGUGGACGGCGUGUUGUUUGAGCUGGACGGGUUGCAGCCUUAUCCGAUCCGGCAUGGGGAUUGUUCUGGAGGAGGAGGCCGGCGGGACGACUUUGCGGAGAAGGUGAUUGAGGUGCUGCGCAGGCGAAUCGCUCGGUAUCCGGAUGGCGAGACCAGGUUUAAUCUCAUGGCUGUUGUGCGGGAUUUGCGGAUCCGGGCGCGCGAGGCUGGGGAUGUCGAGGGCUUGCUUGGUGAGGAGAGGAAGAGGAGGACCUGGGCGUGGGAGAAUAGCUUGCGCAAGUCGAACUUUGUCGGCUUCAUUGGGGAGGUGUUGAAGGGGGUUGCUGCGCGGAAGGAGAACGAGGGGAGAUUUGAGGAUUGGGUUGAGAGGGCCGAGGCGGAGACGGCCAGGAAGUUACAGAGGCGGUAGUAGUAGUAGUAGUAGUAGUUUUUUUUUUUUCAAUUCUGGUACGGUAUGGUUGUACAUGCAUGCAUGCAUGCAUAGUUGAAAAAUUCUGAGCUUAUGUAC